CUUUCACCAUCAAACUGUUACCACCAGUACUGCUGCAAUGGCAAUGGUACAUCCCUCACGGAUGGGACUCGUUCCCAAAGACCCUGAACCGUCUCUUAACGACCGUCGUCGAGGUCGCACACCGUCCCCUCAUCGUUAUCGCCGUAGUCCGACACCCACACGAAGCCGAAGCCGGGAUCGCAAAGACAGAGGAAGGUACGAAGACAGAUCUAAAAGAGACGAAUAUGAACAUCGCGGCAAUAGAAGAAGAAACGCGGAGCGAAGAGAAAGCCCAGAAUAUGAUGACUACAGGCGACCAGAAUCGACUCGUGAGGCGCCAUGGAGGCAACCCGAAAAUAUGUAUCCUUCUCGUCGAGGUGGAGGAGACAAUAAGUUCUUUGGCGGCUCAAAAAUCGGAGGCGCUGAUUUUAUGGAAAGUCGUAGGUUGCAGAGGGAGAGUAUGGCUAUUAAUGUAUGGCCCCCAUCGCCGAAGGCCCCCGCACGCUCACUGUCGCCGAAACGCAAAAAAUCCGGUAGAAAGUCGAAGCGCGCGAGGUCACCCUCUGUUACAGACAAUUCGUCUGAGGAAGAAGACAGAAACAGACGCGAGAGGAAAAGAAAAAGAGAGAAGGAGCGAGAGAAGAAAAAAGAGAGUAGACGACAUCGUUCCCGCUCUCGACGGUCGAAGGAGGUCGAGGAUGACGACGAAAAAGAUCGCAAGCGGCAUAGGAGAAGGCACUCUGAGAGUAGGAGUUUUAGUGUAGAACGCCGACGACGCAGCGGAAGUCGUGGUCCAAGCCCUGACCGAAACGUAUCUGACGAAGAGGAAUGGGUCGUCAAGUCUCCCGUCGUUCCUACCGUCACGGUGCGAGACACGAGCGCCUCAGCACCAAAGGACAUCAGUGGACCACAGGUGGGAGAUGACGAUUCCGAUGUAGAAGUCGGACCUCAUCCGAUUGCCAAACCCAAUUCGUCCAAGAAAUUCGACGAGCGUUCCUACGGGGGUGCACUGCUUCGGGGUGAAGGUAGCGCUAUGGCUGCUUUCUUACAGGAGGGUGGAACAGAUGCCCGUAUCCCUCGUCGUGGUGAAAUUGGUCUUACGUCCGACGAAAUUGCCAAGUACGAGGAUGUUGGUUAUGUGAUGAGCGGUAGUCGUCAUCGACGCAUGAAUGCCGUUCGUAUGCGGAAGGAAAAUCAGGUCAUCAGUGCCGAAGAAAAGAGAGGCAUUCUCAAGCUGCAGAGAGAAGAAAGGGAGAGGCGAGAAGCAAUUUUGCGGGAGGAAUUCAGCGAACUCGUUGAGGAGCGGUUGAAGGGUCCAGAUGUCCGGCCAACGAGACCCGCAUAAUGUUUUUGUUGUAUGUGUAUCAGAUCCUCUUAGUAUUAUCAAUAUCAUUC